AUCUCAUACUUUAGGUACCCGUAGCCUUAGGUACAUUGUAGACCUCCUUAGCCUGGCACGCGACCUCAAUCUUUCAUCAUUUUCUAGACCAUCUCUUUUCACUUCAGAUAAACGAAUACAUAAUUAUUCUCUUUUACUAAUUCUCUUCCAAUUUGUUUUGUUAUAUAUUACCCAGGUGCUCGUUCCGAUACCGAGAAAUGCUGUGGGGUGUCUUCAAAGCUAUACGUGGACGGUGACUUGUAGCUAUCGCAGCCAUGACACCGCGAAACGAUUCUUUCCAACAAGGAGGAAUCCUGGGAUCUAUAACCAGGUUCUGGACUCAUUCAUACGCCCCUGACUACGUUGGGUUCGCUGGCUUGUUAACGGCCUACCUCCUGAUUCAAUUUUUCGUCGAACCUUUCCACCGCAUGUUUUAUAUCAACAACCUGAAUAUAUCAUUCCCCCACGCCGAAAUCGAGCGGGUGCCAGUUUGGUUGAACUUUGUUUACGCCCUAUUCAUCCCGCUUGGAUUUCUGCUGUUAUACAAUAGCCUGGCUCGAGCCUCGUUCCACAAGCAUCACAGCGCCAUUCUUGGUCUCGCCAUAGCCCUUAUCCUCAGUUCGUUCCUCACCGACAUUGUAAAAAAUACGGUUGGUCGCCCCAGACCAGAUUUGAUCGCGCGAUGCAAGCCCGUCGCCGGUACUAAACCGAACGUCUUGGUGACCAUUGACGUCUGUACCGAGACGGAUCAUCACACUCUUCACGACGGCUGGCGGUCUUUUCCUUCGGGGCAUUCUAGCUUCUCUUUUAGCGGUCUCGGAUACUUGGCUUGUUUCCUGGCUGGCCAAUUAAGAAUAUUUCGCGAUAGGAAAGAUCUCGGGCGUUCGUUGGUCUGCCUUGCGCCUCUAGUUGGAGCUGCCAUGAUAGCCAUCAGUCGAUGCCAAGACUAUCGUCACGAUGUGUAUGACGUCUGUGUGGGUUCUGCUCUAGGACUUACAGUUGGGGUUUUUAGUUACAGGAGGUACUGGCCGCGUCUGAGUAGUCGGGAGUGCGACGAGCCAUAUCCUGCACCUGGUAUUGAGCUAGAAGAUAGAGAAGGUUGGAGGAGAAUACGAGAUGAAGAGGAAGGCGGGCCGAUCAUAGGAAGAAAUACCGGAUGGCCGAAUCGCGAAGACUCCAGUGGAUAAAGCACAAGGCAUACGUGCUGUGAUUUGUACGAAGUAUUAUUCGAUGCAUGUUCUACUAUUGAGCGGCUUUUGUGUCUAACUCGGUCGAACUACCUCGAGUUAUGUCUAUCUAUCGUAAUAUAACCUUGGAAAGGUCAUGGUCAGAUUCAUUUAAGCAGUCGCCCAAUUGAUACUCGAUACCAAUCAAACGAGACUCACAGAGGUUAAUUUGCGGGAUGUGAGGAUGGAGGUAAGGCGCUUAAAUAUUAUAGAGCGCAGAAAUUGUUGAUAGGCCGUAUUACGCAUUAUAUAUAGGCUGAACAAAUUCCAAAGCUGGAAAGGGAGGCUUUGAACAGGUAUAACUAUUAUAAAUUCACCUAUCUUAUAUACAUUAUAUAAUCGGAAAGUAAAUAUUUGAUUAGUUCUCUACUUUUGUACCUACCUAAGAUACUGUUGCGUUGACGCAGCUUAGAUACCUUGAUAUAAUAUAUUUAGUUGAAGCUCAUUCCCCUUUUCUACCUCAUGUAAAAAAGUACCCGAAUGAAUAACAUUUACAAGUCGACUCUUCCCGGUCUUCUAAUAAUACGAGAAUUUGCAGCACCCAGGUAUAUAUUCUGUUUAGAUGUGUUUGUAUUGGUUAUGUCGAAGAUUGGCUGCCUAAUUCCAGUAAGGUUGCACUCUAUAUAGGUACCUGUAAUU